UUCAGCGCGGAGGACGUGGCGAAGCAGAACAACACAGCUGUGUUUUUAUAUUAUCCCCCAGCUUUAUUAAAUACUUUUUGUCUAAUGGGGGAAUACGGUGUAGGAUUACAGUCACUUUCACCUGUGGAUUUUAACCGGUUUGUAAAUAAUCAGUCGUUGUUUUCACCUGAAAAUUCUCCUCGUACGAUGCAAGAUGAAAUCCUGUUGGAAAAGUCGGCUGCUAAACAGCAGCAACUUUCACCUUCAUGUAACCAGAUUUCGGAUCAAAAUGGAGAAAAUGUAGUUAAAAAUGGACAGUCAGAUGUCUCAAUAUACAAUAACGACGACAAAAGUGUUGAAAAUGUUAUAAAUACGUCCUCAUCGCCAAUAGAUGCAAAUGCACAGUUGAUCACAUCUUUGGCAAGUGUUAGCCAGAACUUCUGGACGCCCCCUCAAGAGGAUACCUUUAGUCAGGGGGCAUUUCAAAGUAUUAAUGGGACAGUUAGUUUUUCACACUUGCCACCAAAUGCUCUUGUAAAUGCUGGAAAUAUCAUGCAAGCUGCUCAGAUCUCAUCUCAAAGUUUGGGCCAGAGAAGAGCUAUCACGGCUCAGCACAACUUUCCACAGAGGCCAAUGCAGCAGGGUAUGAUCUUAAAUAAUGCCAAAAAUUAUCCACAGUGGAGUAACGCCCAUGGCCAAGCUCACGCUACAUUGUCUCCUUGGACGCAAGCACAGUUGCAGCAGCAUCAUCAACAUCAAAGAAGAUCUGUACCUAAUAUGAACAUUCCUGCAUUUGCACAAUUGAAGAAUAUAAAAAGUUUUCCACAGAAUCAGCAGACACUCUCAGUCAUUGCACCGUCCAAAUUUCGCAGAAGUACCUCUUUCCCGAGCCAGAUACAUCAAGCUACCUUUGCCAAGCCAAAUGUUGAUUACGUAGGAAUUGAUGAAGUACAGAGAGAAAAUUUUAUGUCAUAUCAGGAUAGAGGGAGCUCGAAUGACACGAUGAAGUUCACAAAUUUUGAGAACCAGCUCCUUGACAUAAUGAGAACAACAAACAUGGCUGAUCAGGCCAACCAGAUCAAAGCCUUGAAUUUCAAACAGAAAUUAGGGAAGGUCCCACAGUUCAUGUUUAAUGAUGACCCCAAUGGAGCAUUAGUGGAAGACACCUCCUUAGACCAGACAGUUCCAAGUCUAGGGUCCCCAGUGAACACAUCUCCAAUAGGGGAGCGAGUAGAAAGAUUCUCCAGAAAAGUUUUUGUGGGAGGACUUCCCCCUGAUAUAGAUGAAGAGGAGAUUACGAUAGCAUUCCGGAGGUUUGGUCCAGUAGUCGUUGAUUGGCCACAUAAAGCCGAGAGUAAAUCUUACUUCCCUCCAAAAGGUUACUCAUUCCUUCUGUUCCAAGAUGAGGUGUCUGUCCAAAACCUGAUUGAACAAUGCAUCGUUGAUGAUGAUAAACUCUACUGGUGCGUUUCCAGCCCAACCAUGAAAAAUAAACCUGUUCAGAUUAGACCAUGGAACCUCAGUGAUUCAGACUUUGUUAUGGAUGGUUCCCAACCUCUAGAUCCAAGAAAGACAAUAUUUGUUGGUGGGGUACCAAGACCGCUUAGAGCAGUUGAACUUGCCAUGAUAAUGGAUCGGCUAUAUGGGGGAGUUUGUUACGCUGGUAUUGAUACUGAUCCAGAACUCAAGUAUCCAAAGGGGGCGGGGAGAGUGGCUUUCUCCAACCAACAGAGUUACAUUGCAGCUAUAAGUGCUAGAUUUGUCCAGUUACAGCACGGUGAUAUAGAUAAACGGGUUGAAGUGAAACCAUAUGUGCUAGAUGACCAGAUGUGUGACGAGUGUCAGGGAGCAAGGUGCGGUGGCAAGUUUGCUCCAUUCUUCUGUGCUAACGUAACCUGCCUCCAGUACUACUGCGAGCAUUGCUGGGCUCAGAUCCAUUCCCGACCAGGACGCGAGUUCCACAAGCCCCUGGUGAAAGAGGGUGCGGAUAGACCAAGAGCUGUUCCAUUUCGUUGGUGUUAAAAGGUUGUGGGCGAGGGGAAAAUUAUAGACUGUACCAGAAUGAAACAUUUCUGCUAUGCCACACAGAUGAUAAAGGGAGGGAAAAAUUGGUGUUGGGUUUUGUUAUGAGAAUUUUUUUGUAUUAUUUUUGUGGGAUUUUUUUAUUUAAAGACAUUGCAAGUUUGAAUAUAUUUUUGUAUUUUUAUUUUGAUAUUUUUGAUUCUAGUUUUGAUUUAUGAACUCGGACUGACCUUGUCACGACUUGGUGCCGAUUAAAUAAUGGUUAGUGAUAAAUGUAUGAAAUCCCUUUUUUCUAGCGAAUUAAUCAAGCUUUGUUAUAUAUUUCGGUGGUGAUCAUUGUUUUUCACUUUUAUAUUUUCGUAUAGGAAAGAGCAAUAAUAUAUAAAAAAAUAGUUAAAAAAAAUUUGAUCUGUUGUAAUUUCUUAUUUUGCUUUGCAAAUUGAGAAUGUAAUAUAAUUUUCAUUUUUUGUGUGUGUAAAAAUAGUUUAUUUUUGUAUGUCAAGGUUUCAUAUUGACUCGUGUAUUAAGGUUGCCUCUUAUUUAUUGUUUUAGUGUAACUUGGAUUUGUCCUUCAUUCAAAGACGCACACAAACACACACAUUUCAGUACUUUAUUUUUAACCAUUUUUUCACUCUGUACAUUCCAUAUGUGUUUCAUCGCGAGAAAGAAAGUAGGACUGUUUUAAUGUAACUAUUUUGACACAUUUUUUUUGACCAAAAAUCAAUUUUUGAAAAAUAUUUACAGGCAGAUUUAUAUGUCUACAUGAUUUGCGUAGAUCAAGAGAAAUAAUCCUUUUGCAAAAUUAGUGUUACCAUAAUUUAAAGUUUUUGGAUGACUUGGCAAGAUUUUAAAACUUAUAUUUACUAUCAAAAUUUUAAAAAAAUGUGAUUUUUGUUUUUAAAUGUUUUUAUUUUAGAAAAAAAAGCAAAAAAACCCAUGAAUAAUGCUUUAUUCUGGCUAUUUUGUGCAAAUUCUUGACACACCUUGAAACUGCAAUUUGACAUUUUCUCCAAUUUGCAGUUCUAUGUGUCUAAUUAUUGCUAAGGAGAGAUGAACUAAUUGCUGUUUAAGAGAAUUUUAAUUGAUAUCUGAUGUAGAAUAAACAUCUUCAAUUUCUGAGAGGAUACAUCCCUCUGGAUAUAAAAUAAGAAACAUUUUGAUGGAUCCAGUAAUAGACAUGUAAAAACUGAGUAUAUGGAAACGAAAAAGCGAUGGUUAGCAUGAAUUCACAUGAUUUUAGCAUCUAAAAAUGUAGAUAAACAGUAAAAAGUGGGUGGUUUUUUUUGGUACAUAAGGGACAGCAAAUUUUCAAUUAGAUGUAUUAUCUGUCUGUACAUGGUCAAUACAUUUAAUUUCUAUUUGCAUGAUAUGGCCUCUAGGCCCAAAAGCAACA